CAGAUGAGCUUUGUGUGCUGUCAGAGGAGCCUCUAGCUGUGGCGGAUGAUGCUGUGGAAGACAGCUGGCUGUCUUCUAUCGCUGCGCCUGGCAUGGACCAUCUCGGUGAAGAACUUUCAAGCCAACUUGAGCUUGAGUUUGUAAAGCUUCGCUGCGACGCACCCGAAUGGCUGGAACCUGUCCCCGAUGUGCCCGUCCCAGCCGUGGAACUCAGUGUGGAUGGGCUGGCCGAUCCAGAUGAAGACGACUUGGAGAUAGAAGCCAUGCAUUUGUACGACGACGAAGAGGGCUUCUUCGACUUGCCAGAGGAGUUCAAACUGGAGGACAAGCACUUCGAGGUGUUUAGAGACCUGCGUGGCGUGAGGCUGCAUUUUAGGCGCAGCGUGGCGGUUGUUUCACCAAUGCCCCCAGAGAUUCCACCCCUGUCCGUGCUGGACUUGGGCUACAUGGAAGAUGGCUUUGUGGACCUGGAGGCAAUCGACAAGCCUGUCCCACAAAGCGUACUUCAGUGUGUGCCUCUGGACUGAGCAAGUUCCACGUCGGUGCCUUCAAUCUGCGACUGUCUGCCCACGUCUGUGCCUGGUCAACUGAGCUAUGUCCAGAGUGCACUGCUUUCAAGUCGUUUUUUUUAUCUUUUAUGUGACAGGCAGCACAUAAUUGGGGCUCCAAACAUUCUGCACCAAAGAAAAUAUAAUCUGGCAGCUUGGAUUGUGUGCUGUGUCUGCCUCCUUACCUUUUACGUGCCUCUGACGAACACUUUGCUGUGAACUUUAGCUGUAAGAAUAUACCAAUACAGAGUGUAAAUAAAGUGUUUAAAAAC